AUCACUUCAUUAAAAGGACAUAAAAAUGCAUUACGUAUCGAAAGGCGAUGAAAACAAACAGUUAAUGCUUUUCAUUCACGGAUUCCCGGAGUUCUGGUACUCGUGGAGGCAUCAGAUGAAAGAGUUCGCCAAAGACUAUCACGUGAUCGCAGUGGACAACAGGGGAUAUGGAGACACAGACAAACCUACCGGCGCUCAGAACUAUACUGUCGACCGAUUGGUCGAAGACACGCGAGAAUUCAUCGAAGCCCUCAACAAAAAGAACAUUAUUCUUGUGGCCCACGACUGGGGCGGUGCCAUCGGGUGGGGAAUGGCGGCCAAGUAUCCCGAGUUGGUCCAGAAGCUGGUGAUCAUCAAUAGCCCGCAUCCGGCUAUGUUCCGGAAGCGCAGUUUGAAACAGUUUUUCUACUCGUGGUAUAUGUUGUUCAAUAGCCUACCGGUGCUGCCGGAGUUUGCAAUGGGGGCCAAUGACUUCUACAUGUUUGACAACGCGUUCAUCAAUGGGGACGGGAGGCCACUGUUGCCGGACAGCCAGAUGGAGGCAUAUAAGUACACGUUCCAGAAGAAUGGAUUGACAGCACCAUUGAAUUGGUACAGGGCACUCAUACACCGGUUGCCUCCCAAAUAUCCACAUCCUAAGAGUUUUCAGAUUAAAAUGCCCACGCUACAUAUUUGGGGUAAGAAAGACAGAUACCUGACCUCACAGUUAGCCCAAGUCCAUGAGCACGUGGAUGACCUGACACUGCAUUACAUCGAGAACUGCUCCCAUUGGACACAAAUGGAUCAGCCGGAUCUGGUCAACCAAUAUAUGAGACAAUUCUUGGCCAAGAAAUAGUUGUAUUAGUUUUACUUAAUAUUAAAAUCUAUUUUGUUUGUAAAAUAGUUUUUCUAUUCGAA